AUGGAAAAGCUUACUAAAUCCCACCUCCAGGAAGUCGGAAAUGAGCAGGUUAGUCAACGGGUUCUGCAGUGGACAGAUGGCAUUGAGUCUGGCGACCAGAGCGACCCCAAUACAUCAAUUCAUUCACCCUCAAAGUCUAGUACCGACGGGUAUGAGACUUCAAAUGAUUCCUUUUAUACAGCUAGUGAAGGUGGGUCCGAGGAAUCAGCUGCGACUAUCGGACGAUCUGCGAUUCCUGAGCCCGCAACAUCUGAUGUUCUCAUUGACACUCCGCAGCAGGAGACCUUUGAGGACGCAAGUGAAACAGUAAAUCCGCACCCGUAUUUGGCAAUCAACGUGGACUUCGCCAGAGAAGCUAUUUACAUCUAUGAGAUGAUGAAAGAAGGCGUCAUUGACGAUGAGUGGAAUAGCAAGUCCUGUCUCCUUACGCGCACGCUCAUCCAUGAUAGACCAGCCUCCUCGUCAGGGCGACUGGGCUGGCGCUGCGAUGUCAACUAUGACCCAGAUAGUGUUUACACAGGCGCUGUCGUGGUACUGUUCAUGCCCGAUCGCGACUUUGUGAAGAAGAUCAAGCAAGGCGAAGUCGUCUUUGAUCAAUCUACUGAUAUGAAGCCAGUUUCAGUUCUCAUGCAGACGAUAGACCCUGACUUUUCUGGCCUCGAGACAAGACUUGCCGGUCGAGUCUUGGCUUGGAAGGUUUGUGGUUCUGGGGAUUGUGUCUGGAUGAAUCGGCAGGGUCAUUCUAUUCACCGGGGUGACCCAAAGGUGAUUCCCAACAUCAUCCACCUGCUCAAGUGA